GUGGCUUGGAAGGCUGACUGUCCUCAAAUGUAUGAGAGAGAGGCAUAUUCGGGCUAUCAUUUAUGUUAAUGACGCCCCUUCUACCCUUGGGGUUCACCUAUCAAAAAUCGGGUUUUCCCUCAUAUAGACAGGUUUGGGCCUCUAUAGGUGGCCCGUAAAAGGGUAGCAUCCCUGAUGUGGCUUUGCGAGUCUGCAUAACCACAGCCUCAGAGCCUCGUUGACUAUUUAUUUCAGUCAUUAUUCGUAUCAAGGCAAACCCUCCGGCGUCACAUUGCUUCACAGUCACCAGCUUAUUCCAAUUUCGAAUAUGGCCGAACAGAUUAUACAAAGAGCAUGCAAACGCUUUCGCGAUGAGAUCUCCAUCGAGGAUGCCCAAAGCAUCGAAAGAACAGUCAGGUUAGACGACGUGAAGACGGCUAUCCAGGACGUUGAGCACGAACUUGCUGCGAAGCAGCGCCUGAGAAACCUGCAACGCCUUACACCAUUCGUGGACGCGAUAUACCGCUAUUCCCAAGCUGUAGAGGUAGCAUGUAACGGAACACCAUAUCUCCCUUGGAUCUGGGCGCCCGUCAAGCUUAUUAUCCAGGGUGUGCAUGAAUACACACAUGCUUUGGACAAAGUCUUGAUGGCGUACGGAAAUAUUGGCGCUCACAUGCCGCGCUUCUCCCGAUAUGCCGGUGCCUUCCCCGAGCAUCGGGACUUUCAACAGUUGGUUGCAUUCUUGUUUGAAGACAUUAUCGAGUUCCAUAGGCGAGCUUACUCGAUGAUACGGAAGCCAGAAUGGAAAAUGUGUUUUUCGUCCCUAUGGGGCCGGUUUGAUGCCCGGUUCGGUAGCUUGCUUGAGAGUAUAAAGCAUAACAGCGACUUGAUUGACAGAGAAGCCGUAUCAUUGAAUAUCAUGCAAAUGGCUGAGUCGAGACAGAGGAGUCUUAAAGAAUCCGAAUGCCGAGAGAAGCAAUGGCAGGCUGAGCAAUAUCGGGGACUGUUGAACUGGCUUGAAGCGGGCGAUAAUGUCCAAGAACUGAAGCUAGACUGGUUGGCUAGUCGCUGUUGCACGGACACAUCAGGAUGGAUUGACAAGUCUUCGAGGCUUAGGUCCUGGCUACAGCGCGGCCGCGGAAACGCGGUCUUGUGGUUGCAAGGGAAGCCUGGAUCAGGAAAAUCCGUCCUAAGCGCCCGAGUAAUCAACUAUCUUCGAUCUAAUCGUCACCAUCGGGUAGCAUUCUUCUUUUGCGACUUUUACACUCCAUCAUCAAACGUCACGACCCAUAUCUUCCGGACAAUAUGCUCUCAAAUCGUCGAGAUGGACGACGACUUUGUCCCCUUCCUCUACUCCGAGUAUAUUAGCAAGGGACAAAAGCCUACAAUAAGUGUACUUAAGGAACUCCUACCACGGCUACUACAGCGUUUUGAUGACGUCCGCCUAGUUGUGGAUGGAAUAGACGAGAUUCCCUCGUCGGAGCACAGAAGCUUGAUCAAGGAUCUCAUACAGCUGACGAAAUCGGCUCAGGGUUGCAAGAUCUUGCUUAUAAGUCAGGAAGUCCCCAGCAUAGCGUCAUCAUUGUCCAAGCAGCCGAAAUUAUGCAUCACGGACGAGAAAGCUUUAGUCCAGCAAGACAUAGCUAUGAUGGUUGAUGGUUCACUCGAAGACCUCAAUGGGACGCACGGUGGAAUAAUUGAGAAAGCAGAGCUUCGAAAAUUGAAGAGGGACAUAAUGGAGAAAGCAGAAGGGAUGUUUCUAUGGGUCCGUCUUAUCCUAGACCUCCUAUAUAUGGCGACCAGCACCCAAGACCUUCAUUUCCGAGUUGACAGCCUGCCGAAAGAUUUGGCAGAAGCAUACUCUAAAAUUCUCAGUAAUAUGUGCAGCCGAUGCUUACCUGAAGAUGUCUCAAAAAUAGGCAGAGUGUUCUCAUGGCUCUUGUAUCAAAAGGGGCGGCAUGCGCUGCGAAAGCACCAGAUCCGGCUCUCCAUGGCUCUCCAUUUUGGUUGUGAUGUUCUCGACAAGGAUACGAAACCCUUCCCAGACGCGACUGAUAUUUGCAAACCUCUAAUAGAGGAUGGACUGGAAGAUUCUCUGACCUUCGUCCACUCAACUGUACCUAAGUUUUUGCUCGAGCACGGCAAUAAUAAUCUGCCGUUCAUAAACCCCACCGAGUCACAACACUCAAUCGCAUACGCAUGUGUUUCUCAGUUGAAACAGGGACUCGACCUCCUGACUGGGCCCGAGCAGGAUCCGAUUUCUUUACCGAAGGUUGCCUCCGGCAUUCAUGGCCUCUUACCAUAUGCUACCGAGAAUUGGGUACAUCAUGUGCUGGAGUACGUGGGGAUGCUGGGUAACCCCAUCUCCGAUGGCAGGGAUCCAUUGAUACGGCAGCUCAACGCUCUUUGCCAAAGGAUUGCGGCAUUGGAGCACCAACCCUACUACCACGGAAUCGACGAGGUGAAAAAGCUAGAGCCCCGAUUGCGCUUACUUGAUUCAGUCCGUGAAGUUCAAGGAUUCAUUGCCUAUUUCAUCCAGCUACGUGAGGAUGAGAAAACAUCAACAGUGAUAAACAACACCGCCGAUAUAUUCCGGAGAAGUACUGAGAACUAUCACCGUCUUGGGCAGCAUCUCCUUAAGCAACGCUCUCUUUUGUCGGUCCCCCAGCAGGACUUGGUCAAUUUCCAAGCCGAGUAUGCCCCAACAGCCUUCGUUUGCCAAAAGUCUGGGUGUGAUCGCGCAUACGUGGGCUUUUCGACCCAAAGAUUACUUCGGGACCACGAAAUUCGCCAUACCACAGGGCUUCGGUGCUAUGAAGUAGAGUGUUCAUACAACGAUGUCGGGUUUCCGACCGAAAAGAGUCUGAGAAACCAUAUGAGGAAGCGUCACCCACAUGCAAAGCCAACGGCGGUACCGGUACGCUUGCGAAAUUCUCAGCCGAUCCGGCAGGUCAGUCCAGAAACGGAAAGCCGCACUCUUCAGGAAUACAGGAGGAAGAUGCAUGAUUUCGACCAGCUUUCGAUACAGAGACACAUGUCCAUGAAACAGGCAUAAUAUCGUCGUACGUGAGGUAUUUAGGAAUCGUACGAGAUAAUACGGCUUAAUCCCCGGCCGGCGACCUACUAAAAGAUAAGGCACGGUCAGGAUUGGAUAGCUAAGCACGAAGGUAUAAGGACACCUAAUACUUUUAAUCCGUAAAAUAACGGGCGUUCUUGAUAAGAAGCAGAGGGGUUGA